CCUGAACUCUUCUCUCCAACCCACCUCUCUCGAUCCUCCCACCAACUGCCUAAUGUGUAUGAUUAUUUGCUUUUAGUUUUUCUGCUGUUGAUCGCCUUCUUCAAUCAUGGCCUUUGCCACCAUCAACUCCUCGACCCCGAAGAGUAUUCCGGCCAUUGAAGAUGCCUUUGCCGCCGAACCUUCUCUGAAGAAACGAGUUUACGAGGCGAUCGGAACGACCCCGCAAUAUAUACCUUUAUUCGAGGACAUCGCGCGAUACACCUCCAGCCUGCUGGCCAGGAACACGAACCCCAUCAUCCCUCAACCUGUACAGGCCGCCGCCGCCGCUGUCCCCGACGGCCCUGCGGCGAAGAAACGCAAACUCGAAAAGGGCGAUGCUGCCACCGGCAACGCCCAAACGCCGGGAGACUUGAAAGCCGACCUGCCUUUACAAUUCUACAUGCCGGAUGUGUCAUUUGCUAUUCCGCAGCGGAAAAAGUUGACGCUGGAGUCUACGGCCGGGCGCGGGUUUCUGCGCGCGAGGAAUCAGACGUCGAAGGAGGUUGAGUUUGGGGUCGCGUGGGAUAAGAUACAACAUGUCCUGUGUCUCCCAGUCCCCGAGAAAAACCAACGUCAAACCAACUUUUGCAUAAUUCCCCAAUACGGCGACGGCAUCAAUCCUCCCCCCAACGGGGAGCCUGCACCCGAGUCGAUCGUAUGGACGGUGGCCGACGGGCCUCCCAAAGCGGGCGCCUUCACGGGGAACGGGCAACAGAUCGCGACCACGGAGGGCGAGACGGCCGAGCAAUUGGUGCGGAAGACACUGAACGAGAACCUCUCGCAGACGCAGGUGGUGCGUCCGGACGAGAGGGAGUUCGUGAGUGCGAUGCCCGAGGCGCAUCGCAAGGGCGAGAAGGCAUACCAUGUCAAGGCGUUCCGUGGGAGUAAAGAAGGUUACUUAUUCCUUCUGUCUACGGGUAUCCUAUUCGGAUUCAAGAAGCCAUUGCUCUUCUUCGCCUUUGAAACCAUCGACUCGAUCUCCUACACGUCGGUCCUCCAGCGCACAUUCAACCUAAACGUCAUGGCCCGUCCGCUCGCCAGCGAGGAGACACAGGAAUUCGAAUUCUCCAUGAUCGACCAGGCCGACUUCAGCGGCAUCGACGCUUACAUCAAGAAACACGGCCUUCAAGACGCCAGUCUCGCCGAGGCCCGCCGCGCGAAGCGGUAUAACAUCAACGGCGUAAAGACCGAGGACGGGAACACCACCACCACCGGGGAAGGGGUCGCCGGGGAGGGUGAGGAGGAGAGCGAACUACAAAAGGCACAGCGCGAGCUCGAGGACCAGGAAGAUGAAGACGAAGAGGACUACGAUCCCGGUAGCGACUCCGAUAGCGACGGCAGCGGCUCCUCCAGUGACGGUGAAGACAGUGAAGACGGUGAGGGCCGGGCCGACAACGAAGAUGACGAUGACGACGACGAUGGAGAUCGAGACCUCGUGGCCGAUGAGCUCGGGAGUCAGGCGGAAGAUAUUCCAGACGAUCAGCUGUGAUUUGAUUUACCCCGAGGAAAUGGCGGGGCAUGUACUUUUUUUUCUAAUAGAUUGUCCGGGACACAGCUUAAGGCAUCCAUGGAAACUCUUUUUUUUGGAGGGAGGCAAAAGUAAUUAGGGCUUCUGUGGGACGGAGAACAUGUCCUCUUAUCUACCUAGAUGUAACACUACACAGGCCUUGACAUUGAAGUAUGAGAAUGGCACGCGACAC